AACUCUGCAUCUGCAUUUUAUUCCAAAAGUCCUAACAAAGUUUUCUAAUAUCAAUGAAGAGAUUAAUAAAAAAGAAAAACCAUGAUUCAUGUUUUCUACCCAAAACUUACCCAAAAUCGUAAUCAUAUAAAAAUGUGCAACAUUGUCAUUGCUAACGUCAAAUAAACAUCAAUAAAUAAAGUUAAUAAUUGCUUGUUAUUUGGCAAAAAUGUCACAGCAUUUAGUCAAUGAAAACAGCAAAUACAUAUUAGACUUGUUCUCUGAGCAGACUGUAGACCAACAGACCUUAGACUCGAUAUGCACCCAAGUGCAGAAAAAGUUUCCUAAGUCAGACCAUUUUAACUUAUGUCUUCUCCUAUCUUCCCUGAUCACGGGUGGGGAUCUGUCCCUGCCUGGGCAGCGAGUAGUGGCCAUAGCCCUUAUAUUUGAUGUGUAUAAGCUGGACAAUCCCUUUGCCUCUCUGUUCCUGCACCUUCUGGAGGGGAAGCCGGGCCUCCUGCCUCUGUUGCCUCAGGAGAGGCUGCUCAUAGGACAGCUGCAUGGCUUCCUACCAGUCAAUAUUAAAGAUGUAAUGAAGAAGUCAGCAAAGCAAGUGAUGCUUACAGAGGUGUCGCCCAAAGAGCUGGAGUUCGACUACUCGUCGCUGCAGACGGUGGUCGCGGAGCGGGUGGCCGACAUGAGCUCCAUGGCCCGGGCAGCGGCGCCCGCGCUCAUACCGCUGUGUGAUGGCAAUAUUUUCAGGACGCCACCGAACCGCAUGGCGAUGAAGGAGCUCCUAGAAUCUUUGAUAUCGAACGACUACAUGCCGCUGCACCGCACUCUCAAAGCCUCCGGACCUAUCCCACUGCCGACCUUCUUAAUGGACACAGCCGAGAUAACAGCUGAUAAGGCGGUAUGGAAGUGCCUAGUGAACCGCGGCGCGUACAACCCGCUGUACGACACGGACUACGAGGGGCUCACGGGGCUGCGGCCGGAGAAACUCGACAGGAGGCAACACUCCAACACGCCGCAUAAACCUAAGCCAGAAGAAAAGAAAGAAAAGCCCGAAGAGAAGAAACCAGAAGAAAAGGACCCUGUGAACGCUGUAGUUGAAGCAAAGGAAUUGACAGCGCUAGCGUUGAAGGGAGCGCUGAGUGUUCAGCACCAACAGCGGCUGCUGGCGCUGCUGGACCAGGAGCCACACGUCGUCUACGAGAUAGGGGUCACGCCCAACCAGUUGCCGGAGCUGGUGGAGAACAACCCGAUGGUGGCGAUCUCAGUGCUGCUGAAGCUGAUCCACUCGCAACACAUCACCGAGUACUUCAGCGUGCUCGUGAAUAUGGAAAUGUCGCUGCACUCCAUGGAGGUCGUCAACAGACUGACAACAUCAGUGGACCUGCCGGUGGAGUUCGUGCACCUGUACAUCAGUAACUGCAUAUCGACGUGCGAGACCAUCCGCGACCGCUACAUGCAGAACAGACUCGUCAGGCUGGUCUGCGUCUUCCUGCAGUCGCUCAUCAGGAACAAGAUUAUUAAUGUUAAGGAACUAUUCAUAGAAGUGGAAGCAUUCUGCGUGGAGUUCUCCCGCAUCCGCGAGGCGGCGGCGCUGUUCCGCCUGCUGAAGCAGCUGGACUCCGGCGACGGACUCGCGCACAAGGACGCCAAGGACUAGCACAGGCCUGGCGCGGACCACGCCCACGAGUGAGACCCGCCGGGACCACCCGGGACCAACCGGGACCACCUGCUGCAAAGUGUAAACUGUUCGCGUAAAUAACUGGUGAAUUUAACAAGACUAUAGGGUGAACUGAAAAUGUUUUGGUGUUAAAUUAAUAGUUGUUGUGAGGUAAAGUUUUGUGGUAUACGGUGUUAUAGAUAUAUACUGAUUGACUUGUGUCUGUCAGAUUAAUCUUAUCUGUAGUUGUUUCUUUCUAUUUGAGUCAGAAUUUUGAUAUUUUUUGUUCGCCGUUGUCAAAUUCUAACUGUUAUGGGUGAAACUAUUCAUGGAUAUGUUAAUUAAAAACUGCAAAGAUAACUGUCACUGGCAUGACGCUUCUGAGACUAGCACCACAUUGGUCCGACGAGUUUGAGACCAACAUUUAAGGGGGCAAGCAGAAAUGGAAAGAUUAUUGGUGACUAUAUAUUAUGCCCAUUUAAAAUUGAAAAAGUUUCUGAAAUAUGGCUGUUUUAUAUUUGAUUAACUGGGAUCGCCUACCGCCACCUCUGCAAGUAAGAUAAUUGUAGUUAUUGAAAUGUGACAGCGCACUACAAUGCGUCUUUAAUUAAUUCCUCCGUAUUUUUUUUCACAAGUACAGUUAUAUGACUUGAUGCAGUGGAUGGUAGGACUGGUAGGCCCAUGUGAUCUGAAGAUAAAAAAAAAACAGGUUUUUAGUUUGAAUUGAAAGUAUGUACAAAGAAUAAAAAAAUCUUAAUGUCUGAGUCUGAGUACCAAUAUAACAAAACAAGCCUAAUUAGAAAGGUAA